AUGCAAUAUCAUCCCGAAUUUAAAGAUGUAAUUUUAUUUAUUCAAAAAGUAUUGAACAAUGAAAGAGGAAUCUCUGUAGAUGAUUUAUGGUCAGUGAUUAAUGAAAAGAAAGAUAAAUUAUUGACAACGAGAGAGGGACUUUGUACAUGGCUGCAAAGACAUGGAUUUGUCAUUGAAAAUAAUGUUGUCUUUCCUCCAACAAGGUCCGAAGUGAAAAAUAGUUAUGUGGAAACGAUUGAUUUUGUAAAAUCUAUUAUUGUUGACAAUGUCAUUCCUCCACGUCUCGCUGAAUUAUGUUCAAAAACAAGUUCUGAAGUUUUUGAAAUUAAAAAGGCAUUCCUUCAAGAAAUGUUUGAAUGGGAAGGAGUGUCUGGUCUCAAAGAACAACUUUUAGCACAAGUGAAAAUUUUUGUUCCUUCAGAUUUAGUAUGUGAAGUUUUCGUUGACGAAUUUAAGGCAAUUUAUUUAGGAAGUUGUGUUCCAAGAGCAGACAAGAAUGACCACCAGAAAUACUUUGCUAUCUUUGGAUACUUUUGUGACUCUCCUGUGCUAAUUGCAGAGGAAAGAUGUGAUUUUGGAUUUAGAUUCAAAUAUAAAGUUCCAAAUGAGCCUGGAGUUGUCAUUACUCAUUGGGAAAAUGAUGAACGAACUCUGCAAGAUGAUGUGCUAGACUCACCUUGUACUAAUGCUCUUGAAACACUUGAUGAAUACUCGGCUCAUCCUCUCCAAUCACACAUUGAAAAUUAUUUGAAAUAUUUUCAAGGAAUUGUCGAAGAAGAAGACAUUUCUGAAGAUUCUUUUAAUCAUUUCAAGUCACAAGUGCUUGCCAUUAUCACGGAUGUCAAAUGGAUUAUUUUCAGCACUCUUGUCAAAACCACACAUCUUACAGCGAGUGAAAAAUUGGUGUUAGAUACUCUUUCUGAUAAGUCAGAAUUAUUCACCAAGUUUCCUGUUCACUGGUUGACUGUCAUUUGUCUUGCUCUUGGAAGAGAUCCCGCGACCAUUAAAAAGUACAUCAAGAACAAGAACAAGGAUUUGCUUGCCACAGAGAUUGAACUUAAAUGGAAGCAGUUUUAA